AUUUUGAUUAUACGAACAUGCACACUGUUAAGCUGAUGUUCGAGAUAUGUUUCUUUAACUUAUCUUUUGUUAAAGCAUUAUGAAGUAUUCAUUCUAAAUUUUAUAUUAUUUAUGUCCAUCAUUUUGUGCUUGUGGUAGUUGGAGAUACAAAGAAGACUAGAGUUUUCAUCUGAGACUCAAAUAUUGCAUGUUGCAGAAUUAUUUACCUGAAUAUAUUAAUGCCAAAACAAGUAUAUGUCAGACUGUUCUUUUCUUCAAUUCUUUUCUCUGUUAAAAUUCGUGUUUUUUUAGGUGCUCAACAACUUAUUGAAAAGAAAAGGUUGGGGUUUCUUGUCUCUUGGACCUUAGUUUAUCCAGAUGUUUUGCUGAGAAGUAGCUAUUUGCCAUGUCUAGAUGAUUUUCACUUUCUGCUUGCUUUGGAUUCCAUAGACAUGAAACUGUCCGUUAUAUUUCUUCUAUUCGCUGUGUACAAUCUUGUAAAACAUGAGAAUGGCUGAAAUUAAAUCCUCUACUGCUAAUGCAAUGUUUCCUGAUGCUGUAUGUCGGAAGACAUAAUUCUAAAUGGUAACGAAACAGGGCUUAAAACAGUAUAGUAUUGUUACUGGCUAACUAAUUCUAUUGGUCGAGACUAAGACCGUACAUAGAAAAAGAAGCAAAGAGGUGGUAGGUCAUAGAAAGUUGACAUAUGUUUCACUUCAUUUGUACCUCUAUUAGCAUCUGUUCAACUAAUCAAUUUUACUUGUAUAUUGAAGUUGAUAAUGGGUCUGUAUAUUUUUCAUUCAACUAGCAGGGCUUGUUAACUAAAUAAUUUGAUUUUGUGUUUGUGGUGAUUCACUGGUGUUCCUCUAAUUAAUGAUAUGAAUUCCUCUGUAUUCAGCACUUUGUGGUUAAUUGUUCUAUUGAUUCUUUCUUUGGCUUUCUAUAUAUCAUUUGGUUAAGUUGCUGAACUGCUUUGUGGUUAGUAUGUCAUUUGGUUAAGUAUGAACUGAAGUAUUAAACUUUGUUAUUAGUUUAUCAUUUGGUUAAGCAUUAACUGAUGUUUUACACUUCUGGAUGUGUGUCAUGAUUUCUCCAUAUGCUUUAGUUUUGAGUUCAUUACUAAGCUCUUUGACCAUUCUUGCAGAAGGUUUAAAAUUUUCCAAGGAACCUGAAAGCGAAAAGUAAACUUAGUCCUCUCAUCUCGUAUUCACUUCCCACAACUGGGGAGAUGACAAUUGCUAGUGUCCAGGAUUUCUGUGCUUGAUGGACUGCUCGCCAACUAGCAGUGACAAGAAAACUUUGAAGAGGUGGUUUUUUAUUGAUAAAAGGGUUGGGUAAAAAUAUAUUUCAAAAUCCGAGACCCUUCACCAGUUGACAUUCAAAGACAGUCUACUUUUAACUCUUACUUCAAUUGUAUACUAUAAACUGCUCAACAAAUCUGGAUUCAAUGGACCUUAAAUCCAAUCAUAAUGCUCCUGUUCUGACGGACCCUGCACCCAUAAGCAAGUCAAGACUGGGUGUGCAUUCGAGUCUGUUGCCGUACUCAUCUGCUGGAGCAGCUUUUUCGUCAAAUUUAUGGUUAACUAUCCCAAGGAAGAAAACUGGAGUGCUAGAUGAUGUUCGCUCGAAUAACUGGCUUGAUGCUAUGAAAUCCUCAUCUCCUCCUCACAAGAGGAUAACUAAGGAUCUCAGUAGUGAGUUUUCAUCAGUUGACGUUGAUUUUGCCUAUCGCACUUGGACGCUUAAAUAUCCUUCAGCACUUGCAUCUUUUGAGCAAAUUAUAAACUUUGCGAAGGGCAAGAGAAUAGCAUUGUUUCUGGAUUAUGAUGGAACUCUUUCACCAAUUGUUGAUAACCCUGACUGUGCUUUCAUGUCUAAUGCUAUGCGUACAGCAGUGAAGAGCGUUGCAAAAUGUUUUCCAACUGCAAUAAUUAGCGGAAGAAGCCGUGAUAAGGUAUAUGAGUUUGUAGGUCUAACAGAACUCUAUUAUGCGGGUAGCCAUGGGAUGGACAUUAUGGGACCAGUUAGACGACAGUCUGUACCUGAUGAACACUCGAACUGUAUCAGGUCUGCUGACAAGCAGGGCAAGGAAGUUAAUUUGUUCCAACCUGCUAGUGAAUUUUUACCUAUGAUUGAUGAGGUCUACAGCUCCCUUGUUGCCAGUACCAACCACAUCAAAGGAGCCAAAGUAGAAAAUAACAAGUUCUGCGUAUCUGUACAUUAUCGUAAUGUAGAUGAGAAGAGCUGGACAACUGUUGCACAGUGUGUCCAUGAUGUCAUAAAAAACUAUCCACGCCUGCGAUUGACUCAUGGGAGGAAGGUUUUAGAAGUCCGACCUGUGAUCAAUUGGGACAAGGGGAAAGCUGUGACAUUUCUGCUUGAAUCCCUCGGUUUAAGCAAUUGUGAUGAUGUGCUUCCAAUUUAUGUUGGAGAUGACCGUACGGAUGAAGAUGCAUUUAAGGUCUUGAGAGAGAGGAAUUGUGGCUAUGGCAUCUUAGUAUCAUCUGUGCCUAAGGAAAGCAAUGCUUUUUACUCUCUCAGGGAUCCAUCAGAAGUGAUGGAGUUCCUCAAGUCCCUGGUGAUGUGGAAGAAAUCAAGUGCUUUAUAAAUAUUAUAAAGAACUAUAUAUAAAGAAAAGGAGAAUACUCUGACAUACACAUAUAUUGAUAAGAAAGCCAAUAUGUUUUUUUGGGUCACCUUAGGAAAUACACCAAGUUGUUUUGAAGCAGAGCUCCGCAGAAGACUCUUGUGUAUUCCUGCGAACUUAUAACUGCUCAAAGCUUCUUGUCUUAAUUGUAAAUCCCUUUCUUUAUCUAUCUUUAUAAUGCUGCUGUCGUAUCUUAAAUCAUUUUUAUUUUCCCUCCUUUAUAUUCAGUUUUGGUUAGUUUAUGCCCUCUUGGGUUCAUACAGAAUUCUACAUAUUUGUUAAUUCUUUUUAAAUAUAGUGAAGGUUCAUUUCCUAUUCUGGUCAA